AUGACGUCCACUCCGCUUGACGCCCAGAGACGACUUUACCAACCUCUCCGAGGCUCUUCAAUUCGACUUCUCUCCAUCAAACCCGGGUUUCCUUCAGAAGAUAUAGAAUGUGGCUUCGUCACUGUAUCCGACCUUCAUGAGUCGCCAUCUUACGACGCGCUUUCGUACGUCUGGGGAGAGGAACUGCACGCAGAUCCAAUUAUUUGCAAUGGGGUUGAGACGGUUAUCACAAAACAGCUUGCCGAUGCUUUGACGCACCUGCGACGCUUUCCAGGAUCGGGCUCAGCCAGUCCCUGGGAUAAAGACCAUCCUUUGCUGUCGAGCAAAAACGCGUGGAAUGGCUUUGCAAGAAACCGUCACGAGCACUACGAGGAGAGAGUUGAAGCGCAUGAGGCGUUGCUAUGGGUUGACGCACUUUGCAUCAACCAAAAAGAUGGCGAUGAGAGAGCAAACCAAGUAAAGAUGAUGGGACAGAUAUACGCACGCGCGCAAAAUGUCAAGAUCUGGCUCGGUAAAGAGCACAAAGAACCACCUGCCUUUGUCGCGUCACUCGGAAUACAAAGGGCGGGCCUGCAAUCGAAUGCGCAUAUCGGCACAUACGGAGGGAUACCGAUCGCGCUCUCUUUCAUCGCGCAAGCCCUAAGAAAUGCCAAAGGACCCAGAAAUAGAUUGGCCGCUAUCAAACCCACUGGUGAUUCGGCUCACCGCAACAUAGCGUACGGGUUUCCGCCACCUGAUGCACCAGAAUGGGAUGUUGUACGAAACUUCUUCACGAACGCCUGGUUCGAACGAGUGUGGGUCGUACAAGAGGCAGUGCUAGCCAGCAAGGCAACGGUGCUUAUAGGCGAUUGGGAGAUUGAAUGGGCUGCUAUUGGCCAAGCAGCGGUUUGGUUUCGAUCCAAGGGCUAUGCCAUCCCGACAGUGCUCAAGUAUCAACUGCGAGAUCAGCAAGAUCUUUUGCCUGUAUCCAAGUCAGCUUCCGUUUGGAUGUUGUGCUUAUGGCCCAGCAACAAGGUUCCGUUGUUGGAUCUGCUCCGAGAGUUUCGCACCAGGAAAGCUACGAAUCCUGUUGACAAAGUCUAUGCAACGUUUGGAAUGGCGGACGAACUGCAACUCAUGGAUAAGCAUGGAUUCCAUGGACUUGUCGAGCCGGACUACUUGUCCAAGACUGUUCUUGAUGUCUAUCGAGACAUUGCCAAGUUCUUGAUCAUUGAGCACGGAAAUUUAGAUGUUCUGUCUGAGGCAGAGACAACUUCAUCAAUGUCAGGUUGGCCAUCAUGGGUUCCUGAUUGGCGUUACGAAAAAGCCUCGAACGCGCUUUUGACUAGGCAAACUGCCGGCAUAUAUAAUGCGAGCAAUGAAUUGCCAUUGGCGAUUGGUAUCAGCAACAACGUUAAUGCGCUGACACUCCAAGGGCUUGAGGUGGAUGUCAUCAUGGCUUAUGGCGAGAGGCUCGCAAGCUACGGCUUCGGUGCAGUCACGUACCAGGAAGAGCUGGAUUUUGUGCGAGCCGCAUGGACACUACUAGUGCGUCGACCCACCAAUAAAUCAUGCCAAUUUGAAGCCGGCGACCUAGCAGGCGCCUUCAUUCAGACGCUGACCACAGGCGUCAACAACGCGUACCGGCCUAUCCAUGAAGAUCCAAGCUUCCUGGACGACGCCUUGUAUUGGUUCACACAACACGCUCCGAAGACGAUCCCUAGCGUGCCAUUUUCCCAACGCUUGAAGUGGAAGAUGCAGAGAACACCCGAUUCAGGGCGAUUUCAUGAAGCAUUUGUGCGAGCUUGCGUUGACAGACGAUUCUUCGUAACCAAGAAUGGGUCCAUGGGUAUUGGUUCGAACGCUCUGAAAGAGGGUGAUGUUGUCGUUGUUCUUUUUGGUGGAAAUGUGCCUUAUCUCUUGAGGCCCGUGGAUUCUGGGUACAAGUUCCUCGGGGAAUGCUACGUGCCCGGGCUGAUGGACGGAGAGGCAGCAGUGCCCUGGAGGCAGGCUGGGAGUAAAAGAACCUUUUUUGAGCUCGCUUAA